AUGCAGGAUGAUCCCGAUUCAGAAAAGCGGGAGCUCGCCCAGCAGUAUGCUGAGAUCCUGGCCUCGGAGCUAUCUGGGUCUGAAAGUGGGCCUGGAGCCGAAGGUCCAAGUCAUCUCAAACAUGAACAAGUCGCCGAGGAUUUGAAUGCGAAGGUGGAAGAACUGAGCCAAGAGCGGCUGACCGUUUCCCUUGGAAGUCGCGAGUUGCCUAUUGAGCCCUUGUUCAACAAUGUAUCGAAACACAUCAUCGCUGCAAAGGACCUCAUAAGCAGUGCCGCCGGGGCCGACCCUCACGCCGCUCUUGCUUGUGCCGGUGGACUGGUCAUCCUUACAUUCCUCGUCCGCCCCAUAGAGCAGAGAGAACAUAUCCUCCGAGGUCUUGAACUGACAUCUUCUCUCAUCUGUCGAUACUUCGCGAUGGAGCAGGUUUACCGCCCUCAAGCCCACAUCAUUGAGUUCCAGGCACGAGCACUCUGUUAUCUCCAACGCAGCCGUCCGACCCGAUUCAUCAGGGACAUGUUCAGGGGCGACACGUGGAAGGCCUUGAUUGAAGAAAUAGAAAGGCUGGAUGCUCAGUGCCGAGCCAUCGCGGAACUUAUCACUCAUGACAAAAUCCUCACCUUUGUCGAGUUGCCCUCUCAAAAGACUGAACCAGCUAUCGUUACGUUUAACCUUCCAAAACCCGUCUCGAAUGACCUACUCAGACGAAGGACGAAGCUUCUGAACAGGCUUUACACCUGCCUCUAUCGUGAUCGCAAAGACAUCAAUCCCGAGAGGGCUCCAGGGACCUGCGAAUGGUUCACCGAGCAUGAAUAUUUUCGCGAUUGGAUAGUCGCAUCAGAGUCCAGGAUGUUGUGGGUUUCGGCUGAUCCUGGCGCUGGGAAGUCGGUGCUUGCAAGGUACUUGGUAGAUGAUGUCUGUCCAAGCACGCCAGAUCGAACAACAAGCUACUUCUUUUUCAAAGACGGCUUUGACGACCAGAGAAGUGCUUCAACUGCUAUGUGCGCAGUACUGCGACAGAUCUUGGAACAGAAUAGCGAGUUGAUGGAAGAAAGCACCGUGGCCAAGUUUGAGGCGGAUGGUAAUCACUUGCUCAACUCGUUCUCGAGACUUUUCGACGUCUUGCUUGAAGCCGCAAUGAAAGUCGAAACCGAAGUCACCUGUCUGUUCGAUGCUCCCGACGAAUGUAAUGGAGACGACUGCCGCCAAGUAACAUCGACCCUGGCCAAAUUUUACAAGAACCCCCCGGAUCACAGUCGUCUUAAAUUCAUCAUCACGUCUAGACUGUACACCAGAAUACAGCGCAGCCUCCAGCCACUUAAGACUUCUUUACCGACUAUUCAUCUAAGAGGCGAUGAUGAGUCUAAUACAGAACGGAUUUCCGGCGAGAUUGGCAUCGUUAUCCGUCAUAGGCUACAGGGUAUCGCCCAGAUCCAACUUCUUGAAGCAAAAGAGGUCAAUUUGCUUGAGGAAAGCUUAUUGACUUGGCAACACCGAACAUAUUUAUGGGUCAAACUCGCGAUCGAUUUCAUCGAAAGUCGCUUGGAGUCCCCUACACAAGAGAAUGUCGAGAUUAUCUUCAACAGCGUACCAGAGAAGCUAGACGGGCUAUAUGAAAAGAUCCUUGAACAAAGUGCAAACAAGGAAAGAGCUCGGAAGGCUUUUCACAUCAUUCUUGGGGCCUACAGGCCUCUGAGUCUGUCCGAGAUAUCAGGGGCGCUCUGCGUUGAAAGCCAUCACCAGUAUACUUCUCAAACGUGUCAAGAGCCCAUCAAGAAAUUCCCGUCAUACCUGAGAGAAAUUUGCGGCUUAUUUGUGACUAUUGUAGACGGGAACGUCUACCUGCUUCAUGAAACUGCAAGAGAGUUCUUAGCUUACAGGCCUGGACACAAAGGCUACACUCAAUUAAGCCGAAGGAGUCGCAUUUCAUCAUGGCCAAAGCUUGCGUUUGGUAUCUACUCUUGGAGGAUCUGA